AUGGCAUUAUCACGGAGAAUAAGAGCCAUAAUAGACUUGGCCACAGUCUUCGCUAUUGGCCUCAACAUAUUUGUCUACUUCUAUCCCGAUAUACUAAACGAACCACGACAAUGCAAUUGGCACAACUCACCAACAUUAGAACCAAAAUUCGAUAUACUUGAAAACAUCCCACCCCAAUAUCUCCAGCCUAUACUACGGACCGUUCCAGGAUUACGCAAAGAAGAAGAACAACAACAACAUAUACCUGCGCUUAUAAAAAAGGGUCAAGAGGAGAUCCAUAUGUUGCUUUUUGGUGAUCCACAAAUCAAUGGUAAUUGGAAACUGACGAAAUAUAUCAAAAGAUUAGACAAUUAUGGUAAUGAUUUUUACCUUGGUCACAUUUAUAACACCAUGUAUAAUCGAUUACACCCAUCACACGUAGUUGUAAUGGGGGAUUUGUUUUCAAGUCAGUGGAUAUUGGAUUCAGAAUUUUAUAAUCGAACGUAUCGAUUUGUUGAACGAUUGUUUCCUAGAGAUGAAGAGUAUAAACAACAUGUGAUUGAAGCCUAUACCAAACACGAAGAUUAUGAUUGGCGGAAAUGGCUAGAAGAUGAAAAAAAAAUGGAUCCUUUACAUCGAUUCAAAUCGAGAGUUUAUGAUAACGUAUACGACUGGGUCCAUCAAGAUCGCACCACACCCAAUUACGAAAACCCCUUAUUCAUCAAUCUUACAGGGAACCAUGAUAUUGGCUACAGUGGAGAUGCAACAUGGCAACACAUGGCUCGAUUCCAUUACUUAUUCGGUCAAAAUAACUACGUAAUCAAUUACAACAAGGGAACCGAUCGUGAGUGGAGAAUAGUUGUCGUUGAUUCAUUAACUCUUGAAGGACCAGCUUUACAACCGGAAUUUGUCAAUUAUACAUGGUCGUUUUUGGACCACUUACGUGAAUAUGAAAACCCGAAUUUUAAAGGAACGACAAUUUUAUUGACCCAUAUACCGAUGUACAAAAAGGCUGGGUUGUGUAGAGACGGACCUGAACAUCGAUACUAUGAUGAAAGUUAUGAACGAGAACCAUUCAAACUUGGUCUUUUGCGGAGCCAGAAUCAUUUAUCUUUUGAAACGACGCAAAAAUUACUCAAUAUCGUGUUUCCCAAUCCCGAUCAGGGUGGAAUUAUCUUAACUGGGCAUGAUCAUGAAGGUUGUGAUGAUUGGUACAAUUUUGAUAACGAUGGUACUUGGGUAGCAUCAAAGACGAAGGAUGCGUCCAAUAAACAGCCAAUUAGAGAAAUUGUAGUUCGGUCAAUGAUGGGAGACUUUGAUGGUCAAACCGGUAUUUUAACCGGUCAAUUUGACCAAAAUCGAUGGAAUUUCAAUUUUACCUAUUGCUCAUUUACGGUACAACAUUGGUGGUGGGCAAGUAAAGUUGCCAUUUUGGUUGCCAUACUAUUGAAAUCGAUCACAUUUUUGGUUUGA